UUCUUUCAACAGCAACAACAGUUCGUCGGUCACCUGGUAGUUUGCUAGACAAAAUAGCCGAACAAAUAAAGCUCUUUAGACGCUUUCGUUGAUAUUAGCCACUGUGUUUUAAAACCUACUUCUGUGGUCUAGUUAGUUAUCAGAUUGAAUUCUAUAUUAAUGGUGUUGUUGUUAUUAUUCAGCUAGCGGGCUGGUUAAGUUAGCAUUAGCCUAGCUAGGUAACAUCUCCAACCAUGAGGUUUCUAAGCUACUCUCCUUCUGCUAAAGAAGAGGUCUGCUGGACAGAGGAAGAAGUUAUCUUGAAAAAGGAGGAGGAAGAGGAGACUGUUUCAAUACAAAAACAAGUAGAGGGUGAGGCUGUUACCGUGAAGGAAGAAUUGAAAGACGUUACAGUGAAGGAAGAGAAAGAGGAUUAUGCUGUUUUUGGAGUAAAAGAGGGGGAGGGGGAGAUGACUGUCACAUCGAAAAAGGAGAAGGAAGAAGAGGAGGGAACUGGAUAUCUGCGCCUGGUUCCCCAAAUGCAUCUUAAGGCAUCCAAUGGUUCUAACGAUGAACGGGCCCUGAUUAACACUAGAGAGAGAUGUGACUAUCGUGGAUCCUCUGGGGAUCCUCAACAAUAUCAUGAUGCUGAUGAGGCAGAGAAGAGUCUCUCCACAUCAGAACUCCUCAAGAAACAUCAGCAGAGACCCACAGGGAAUAAAUCUCAUUGCUGCUCUGACUGUGGGAAACGUUGCAAAUCUUCAUCAGAACUUAAAAUACACCAGCGAGUACAUACAGGAGAGAAACCUUAUAGCUGUGAUCAAUGUGGGAAGAGUUUUACUCAGUCAAGCUCCCUGAAAUCACACCAUAGAACACACACUGGAGAGAAACCUUUUGUCUGUUAUCAAUGUGGGAGGAGUUUUACUCAGCUAGGCAACCUGAUAGGACACCAGCGGGGACAUACAGGAGAGAAACCUUAUAGCUGUGAUCAAUGUGCGAAAAGUUUUACUACAUCUAACUAUCUAACUAUACACCAGAGAACACACACCGGAGAGAAACCUUAUGGCUGUGAUCAAUGUGGGAAGAGUUUUACUCAGCUGAGCAGCCUGAUAGUACACCGGCGGGGACACACAGGAGAGAAACCUUAUAGCUGUGAUCAAUGUGUGAACAGUUUUACCUCAUCUAGCUAUCUAACUAUACACCAGAGAACACACACUGGAGAAAAACCUUAUUGCUGUGAUAAAUGUGGGAAGAGUUUUACUCAGCAAAACGGAUUGAUAUCACACCAGAGAACACACACAGGAGAGAAAUAUAGCUGUGAUCAAUGUGGGAAGAGUUUUACUACAUCUAGCUAUCUAACUAUACACCAGAGAAUACACACAGGAGAUAAAUCUUAUGGCUGUGAUCACUGUGGAAAGAGUUUUAUUCGGCUACAAACCCUGAAAUCACACGAGAGAAUACACACCGGAGAGAAACCUUAUAGCUGUAAUCAAUGUGGGAAGAGUUUUACUCAGCAAAACGGCUUGAUAUCACACCAGAGAACACACACAGGAGAGAAACCUUAUAGCUGUGAUCAAUGUGGGAAGAGAUACUCUGAUAAAAGAUCUCUGAUUAAACAUCAGAAAAUACAUGAAAUUGUUUCAUGAUAUCAAUGAAAUUAUGUCACAUUGUAGAAUGUUUUAACAUUGUAGGAGUAUUUUAAUGAUGUCACAAUGUAGAACCCUAAACGUUUGUCCCCCUGUUCAGUUAAAUUGAUUUUAGCCCCAGGGGAAAAAAUCCAUGCUAUGAAUUGAAAUAGUAUUAUUUAUGAGAUUUAUCAAAAAGUGACUAAGAAAAAUUGAGUUGUGUUACACUGACCACGUUGAUGACCCACUUGAAUCAAAAUGCAACACUUCGAAAGGUUUAGGUUUUCAAUAUAUCCCAAACUGUUUCUGCAUAUUGAUUAUUGAUUUGGACACGUUAAACCUGUGUUUGGACAUUGCACUAUUCCCAUUUAGCAAAAUGUCAUUGAAAAGAUGUUUGAAAAUAAGACUAUGCCCAAUGUUCAAUAUAUGCUUGGUUGUAGUUGAAAAUGAAAGUUGAAAAGAUGUCAUUUUUCAAUGACUUGAAAACAGUUUAAUUUCAAUGUACUUGCAGCUUAUACACCAAUAAUCAAUUUUAUUAAAAAUCUUACAUCACCCCAGAAUUUCUUGACAA